AUGAGAGAGAACCCAUAUAAAUGUGAAGAAUGUGGAAAAUCCUUUAGGAAAAGUUCAUCCCUUAAAGUUCACCACAGAAUCCACGUGAGGAAGAAACCUUAUAAAUGUGAUACAUGUGGAAAGCACUUUACUAGGUGCUCAUCUCUUCAUGUUCAUCAGAGAAUCCAUACUGGAGAGAAACCUUACAAAUGUGAUGACUGUGGAAAGUCCUUUGGUAAGUCCUCCCAUCUUCAAUGUCAUAGGAGAACCCAUACUGGAGAGAAACCUUAUAAAUGUGAUGACUGUGGAAAGUCCUUUGGUAAGUCCUCCCAUCUUCAAUGUCAUAGGAGAAUCCAUACUGGAGAGAAACCUUAUAAAUGUGAUGAAUGUGGAAAGUCCUUUGUUCAGUCCUCCAAACUUCAAUAUCAUAGGAGAAUCCAUACUGGAGAGAAACCUUAUAAAUGUGAUGAAUGUGGAAAGUACUUUAGGGAUAGAUCAUCUCUUCAUGUUCAUCAGAGAAUCCAUACUGGAGAAAAACCUUAUAAAUGUUAUGACUGUGGAAAGUCCUUUGUUAAGUCCUCCCAUCUUCAAUGUCAUAGGAGAACCCAUACUGGAGAGAAACCUUAUAAAUGUGAUGAAUGUGGAAAGCCCUUUGUUAAGUCCUCCAAUCUUCAAUAUCAUAGGAGAAUCCAUACUGGAGAGAGACCUUAUAAAUGUGAUGACUGUGGAAAGUACUUUAGGGAUAGAUCAUCUCUUCAUGUUCAUCAGAGAAUCCAUACUGGAGAAAAACCUUAUAAAUGUAAUGAAUGUGGAAAGUCCUUUGUUAACUCCUCCCAACUUCAAUGUCAUUGGAGAACCCAUACUGGGGAGAAACCUUAUAAAUGUGAUGAAUGUGAAAAGUCAUUUGUCAUGUCCUCCAGUCUUCAAUGUCAUAGGAGAAUCCAUACUGGAGAAAAACCUUAUAAAUGUGAUGACUGUGGAAAGUACUUUAGGCAUGUUUCCUCUCUUCAUGCUCAUCAUAAAAUUCAUACUAGAGACAUACUAUACAAAUGUUAA